AUGUUGACCGUCUAUGCGUCCUUUGAGCAUGCUAGCGCAGCAUGCCAUGUGCAAUUUUUGCCGAGAGUAUCCCUUCAGGAAUCGGUCACUGCAUUGGCUCCUCGGGUCGUGGUCUUGGUCAUUGCAUGCUUGAUCCUUGACGCCAGUGUUUUCGACUUCACGACGAUCCAUGUUCCGGCCACAGUAUUCUUGGGCAUUUCUAAGGCGUUGACAUGGUAUUAUACGGCAAGAACUGCCGAACGCACUUCUUGGCGCAUUGCACCAGCGAUAGGGACAUUCGGAAUCGCGGCAACUCUUGACCCCUUUGCGCAAGCCUCAGAGUUCCAAGCAAUCUCACAUGUGGUGGUGUCGAUACUGGCAUUAGGUAACAUGGCACACCUGGUACCCAAGCCGGCGAAGAGAGUUCCAACACUAUGGGCACUGGCUUUUGCUUCUCUCGGCCCCUACAUCAUCAAUCUCUAUGUCGCCAGAGAUGCACUUUCUACAGCCCACACAUUUGAUGAUUACUCUGAGAAACAUCCUGUGGAGAUUCUCAGCCGAGAAGGAGACAUCAAAUUCCAACACUUGCUGAGAACGCAAUCGACAAACUACACGGCAGUCCAUGCCGAUUACGUUCGUCGAUAUAAGGCGGAACCACCUCCAGGCUUUGAAACGUGGUUUGACUUUGCAAUAGCGAACCAGUCUCCCAUCAUCGACGAUUUCGAUAUGAUAUUUGACGCUGUAUCACCUUUCCUGAAGAUGAGCGGCGAAGACGUCAGUCAAGUAAUGCGCUCGGCUUAUGAAACCACGGGAAGUGAUCUUUGGUUUUGCUCCUAUUCAUCAGCACGAGCUACAACCCAUUGCAAGCACGCAUACCGUACUUUCGACAGAAAUAUUGCGGCUUCAUUCAAUAAGUUGUUGAAGGGACUGGAUCACAGCAAGGUCCCGGAUGUGAAUUUUCUUGCAAAUCACCUUGACGAGCCGCGAAUUCUCCUCCCUUCCCAGGCGGCAAGAAAUGUGGGUGGCCGGCCUUCAUUCGGCAAUGAACGCCUUAAUUUAAAGAAUAUGUCGGGACGACCGGUCGGUAAAGAAAUCACAAAACACUGCUCAGAUCAUGGUAGUCUUGCACCAAAACACACGAGGAGCACAUACGAGACGAACAACUCGACCGUCGAAACCAUUGGUUUCGUGUCAGACCCGUCCAUGGCUGCUGAUCUGUGCCAGAAUCCCCAUCACGUCUCCUUACACGGUCUCAUUGCAAUACCAAAGUCGUUCCGUUUGAUCGAAGGACUGGUGCCUGUCUUAUCCACUGGGGCUCUCUCCUCGAUGGGAGAUAUUGUCUACCCGAGCCCGGCAUAUUUGGAGGACGAAUUCCAGUAUGCCGACGAUCAAGAUAUCGAGUGGGACAAGAAACGAAAUAACGUCUAUUGGGCUGGGUCCAGCACGGGUGGUUUUGCUGCAGAUGGCCGUUGGAAGGAUUAUCACCGCCAAAGAUUCGUGGCUUUGGCACAGAACCUGCAACAGCCCGAGAAACAGCAUCACUCCUACUUGAGACUAGUCAACGGCGUGGUUGAGCGUGUGACCUCAAGCUUUUUGAACAGUCGUCUGUACGACGUCGCUUUCACGAGGUUGUUCCAGUGCCGGAGGACACAAUGCAGAGACCAACACUCGUACUUCAAUGUGAGGUCUUGGGUCGACAAGAACGAAGCGCUCCGCUCACGGCUCGUCUUCGAUCUUGACGGGAACGGUAUCAGCGGGCGCUAUCACAAGCUACUAGCAUCAAAGUCUAUGCCACUGAAGCAGACUCUUCUCCGGGAGUGGCAUGACGAACGUCUCAUGCCUUGGACACAUUAUGUGCCGGUUAGUCUGGGCAUGGAAGAGUUACCUGAGCUUAUUGCAUACUUGACCACGACCGAUAGCGGCCAGGAACGAGCCAGGAGCAUUGCAAUGCAGGGGAGAGAAUGGCAUUCCAGAUCCUUGCGUGAGGUGGACUUUGCGAUUUACAAUUACAGGCUUUUAUUGGAAUUAGCGCGGCUACAAGAUCCUAAACGGAAGGAACAUUGA